UAGCUCUAGUUCAGACAUGCUGGUCUUGAGUCGCCUCACCCAACUAUGACUUCUUAAAGAAACUGCACUUAACACAAGGUAAACCUUGGCUGAUGAAUGCAUCAUUAAACACAUACCUAGCAAUGACCAAAUAAAGAGAUCAGCCAUACUGAUAAAAGCAACCCAAUAAAGAAGUUGACUCUUUUGAAAAGCCUGAAACUACUACGCCCUAAAAACAAACACCUUACAUUUUUCUUUAUGGGGUGUUUCUAUAGUUCCAGAUGGGCGGACAGGACGCAAGUACUUUUACCAUACUGGCACUGUCACCAUACGGAUGUGAUGUCACCAUGGGUAUAAGAACAAACAGCCCCCAUGGCACUCCCAUUUUAAAUGCUACACCAGGAUAUCUGAGGCCCCAGCGGAGACUGACAGGGAUUGAGCAAAAGCAGUAUAAUGGCGUAUCAAACUGAGAUGAUCAGCUCUCAGCCUCAGGUCACCAUCAACAGCUACACGGUUACUUCCAUGAGCUCCUCCGACUGGAGCUCCAACGUUUGUGACUGCUGUGAUGACUGUGGCAUCUGUCUGUGUGCGACCUUCGUGCCUUGUAUCCUAGGCUGCAAGGUGGCUCAGGAUAAUGGGGACAGCUGCUGUGUGCCUUUUCUUCCUGGAGCCAUGAUUGCUUUGAGAACAAGCAUACGCAGCAAAUACCGCAUCGCCGGUUCCGUGUGUGAUGACUGGGUUAUCAUGGCCUGUCUGCCUCUCUGCGGACUCUGUCAGAUGGCCAGGGAGCAGAAGAUGAGAGGCUGUUGAAUGGUGGGAGAGGG